CCCUUCUCUCACCAAAACAUUCAAAUCGAGAAACAUACGUUAGAGAGAGAAACAAAAAGAACAAGAAUCUGAAAACAAAAACACCAAAAACUAUUUCCCCAAAUUGAACAUCACACAAAAACCCUAACCAACAAAAAUCCCAUUUUUUCUUCAAUCACAAACAUCUCUCCCUAAAAAUCCCCAAUUUCCCUCAAUCAAAUUAGGGUUCCUUCAAUUCAAUGGACGACAUGGAAGACGAUGCUAGAUACCCAUCAAAGGGAUACCCUUUGCGACGCAAAAACCCUAAUCUUCGUCAAAAACACCCAAUUCGUAACUUGCAGUAUCAUCGCUACGACGAUCCUGAAGGCAACAACAUCGACGAUGAAUACGAUGAUGACGAACAUGAAGAAUUCGAUGAUUACAGUAUAGAUGAAAACGGAAUUGAAAAUGGGUAUGUUGGUAAUUUUGAAGGAAACGAAGGGUUCAUUAGGAAAAAGAGAAAAUUGCGAAGUGGUGGUGGUGGUGGUGGUUCUUCUGUUUCAAACUAUGAAUUGGUUCCUCGUGGAAAAUUCGGUUACAUUAAUCGCGGCGGUGGCGGUGGUGGUUCUUCGGGUUCUGAGGAAUGGACAGAACAUGCGACGUUUGUGUUGUUGGAGAUUUGGGGUGAAAAGUUUCUUCAAAUUGGGAGAAACAGUUUGAGAUCAGAGGAAUGGCAUGAAGUAUCUGAGAAAGUUUCGGAAGAGUUGAAAGUCGAAAAGGAUGUUGCGGAGUGUAGGAGUGUAUUGGAUAAGGUGAAAAGAAGGUACAAGAAAGAGAAGAGUAGAAUGGAUGAAAUGGGUUUGGGUGUGAAUUCGUGCAAGUGGCCGUUUUUCAAGAGGAUGGAUAUGUUGAUGUCUUCGUCUGCGAGACAAGAGUAUGGACUUGCUUGUGGUGUUGAUUCGGGGGAGUAUGUGUUUAUGAAUACGAGGGUUUAUUUGAAUAGGUCGAAUGGUUUUGAUGAAAUGAGGGAUAGUCCUGGUGAGUCCGAGGCUUCUGAGGAUGAUUAUGAAGGCGAUGAUUUCGACGGCGAUGAUGAUGAUGAGGAGGAAGAUGAGAUGGAUAAGGAAGAGGAGGAGGCUUCAUAUAGGGUGUUGGCUGAUUCUAUUCAGAAGUUUGGGAAGAUAUAUGAGAAGAUUGAGAAUACGAAGAGGCAACAGAUGAUGGAGUUGGAGAAGAUGAGGGUGGAUUUUAAUAGGGAAUUGGAGUUGCAGAAGAAGCAGAUUUUGGAAAGGGCGCAGGAUGAAAUAUCGAAAAUACAAGUAGGAGACGAUGGUGACGAUGAUGAUGAUGAUGAUGAGGACACCGAUACUUCUGCAGAUAAUCUCAGUGAAUAACGUAGGUAGGUUUGUUUGUUGAUUACUUUCUCUUAAUUAUAUCUUGUUGUAACUGCUUAUUUCAUUGUUUACGAUUUGAUUAUAGUAAGCAGAUGUUUCGGUAUCUUUUUUCUUUUGCAUUCGAUGACCAACUUUGUUUAGUGUUGCAAAUGUUAUUUGGAAUUUAAAUUCAAUGAAUAAGUGUUCUUUUGUUAA